AUGGCGAAGCAAACUCUGGACCUUUACGAAUUAUUUCGGCUUGUCGUCUCAAAGGGUGGACUUGUAGAAGUUAUAAACAAAAAACUAUGGCGGGAAAUAACGAAAGGUCUUAAUUUGCCUUCAUCCAUUACCAGCGCAGCCUUCACAUUGCGAACACAGUACAUGAAAUAUCUCUAUCCAUACGAAUGCGAAAAACUCAAACUGAGCUCCCCGCAGGAAUUACAGGCGGCGAUCGACGGAAACCGCCGAGAAGGCCGAAGACCGAGUUACGGGUAUGACUUGUCCCCAGGCCCCACAUUAUUACCGAAUCCACACCAUCACCUCAAUGGAAAUCUUCUGAAUGGGAAAUUAGGAGCGAGUUCACCAGGGGUGGCACCAGCUGAUUACAUAUGGUGGGGUUCCAGGAGAAUAUGCCUCAAACCGGAUUCGGAUGACGACAGUUUACCGUCGACGCCGAUCCAGUCACGCAGUCUGUCGGAGCGCGAUGCACUAGCCAUGGAAGCUGCUUCCCGGGCGAUGGAAGAAGCCACACGAAAAAUGGAAGCCGCAUCGCGGGCCGCUGUUGAAGAGAGCCCACCGCGGAAACGAUUAGCCAUGUCGGACGAGGAACGUCUUUUGGUGCACGCGGGCAUGCCCAGUGCUCACAUCAAAAUUACAAGUAGGAAUGACGGUCGAUCCGAAAUCGACAAUUCCCUAGUCGUCAGCAUGGAGAUUAACGGGAUUAUGUAUCAAGGCGUCUUGUUCGCCCAGCAACCGCGACGGAUUUAG